GGGGAAUAAUAGUUAUCGAUAGGCGGAUUAUUGGACGGAGCAUAGAAAAUCCCCCCACCAUAGGUGAUAAUCCAUAGCAGCCCACCAUCAUGCGAAACAUCUCAACACUUACAACUCCAGGUCACUGCGUCUGCAGAAAAUAACUCAACACUUCUCUUCUUUCCCUUCCCUAAAACCUCUCCUAUUGUUCAAAUAGACUCACAUUGUUAAGAAAGAAGAAAUAAAUAUCAUUAGAAGCAUAAUAAUGACUACACCAAAGCAAAAGGCCUGUUUGAUCGUGAUUGACGGUUGGGGUAUUCCCUCCGCCGAGUCUCCCAAAAAUGGAGACGCUAUCGCUGCCGCCAAGACCCCAGUCAUGGACGAGCUUUCCAAGAGCACCACCGGUUUCACCGAGCUAGAGGCCUCUUCUCUCGCUGUCGGUCUUCCUGAGGGAUUAAUGGGCAACUCCGAAGUUGGACAUUUGAACAUUGGUGCUGGAAGAGUCGUAUGGCAAGAUGUCGUCCGAAUCGAUCUGACUAUCAAGAAGGGAGAGUUAGCCAACAACGAUGUUAUCAAGAAUGUCCUGGAAAGAGCCAAGAAUGGAAAUGGAAGACUUCAUCUCUGCGGUCUCGUCUCCCACGGUGGUGUUCACUCCAAACAAACUCACCUAUACGCUCUUCUAAAGGCCGCCAAGGCUGCCGGAGUUCCAAAAGUCUACAUCCACUUCUUCGGCGAUGGCCGUGAUACCGACCCUAAGUCCGGAGCUGGCUACAUGCAAGAGCUCGUCGAAACAGCAAAGGAGAUUGGCAUCGGUGAGAUCGCCACCGUUGUUGGUCGAUACUAUGCUAUGGACCGAGAUAAGCGAUGGGAAAGAGUUGAGCUUGCCUUGAAGGGUAUGGUUCUCGGCGAGGGAGAAGAGAGCUCUGACCCAGUCAAGACUGUUAAAGAACGUUAUGAGAAGGGUGAGAAUGAUGAGUUCCUCAAGCCUAUCAUUGUUGGUGGCCAAGAAGCCCGUAUCAAGGACGGUGAUGAGGUCUUCUUCUUCAACUAUCGAUCGGAUCGUGUUCGACAAAUUACUCAAUUGCUCGGAGGCGUUGAUCAAUCUCCUAGACCUGAUUUCCCCUACCCUAAGAUUAACCUAGUUACCAUGACGCAAUACAAGGGCGACUAUCCCUUCGAGAUUGCGUUUGAACCUCAACGUAUGGGCAACGUGUUGGCUGAAUGGCUAGGCAAGCAAGGUGUCAAGCAAGUUCACAUUGCCGAGACGGAGAAGUACGCCCACGUUACAUUCUUCUUCAACGGUGGUGUUGAGAAGGUCUUCGCUCUGGAGACCCGCGACGAGACUCAAGAUCUGGUUCCUUCUAAUAAGAGUGUUGCGACUUACGACAAGGCCCCUGAGAUGAGCGCGGAUGGCGUUGCGAAACAGGUUGCUAAGCGACUUGGUGAGCAGCAGUUCCCGUUCGUCAUGAAUAACUUCGCUCCUCCGGAUAUGGUUGGCCACACUGGUGUAUACGAGGCGGCCAUUGUCGGAUGCGAAGCUACCGAUAAGGCUAUUGGUGUGAUCCGUGACGCUUGCAAGAAGGAAGGUUACAUCCUCUUCAUCACUGCGGACCAUGGCAACGCCGAGGAGAUGAAAUUCCCCGAUGGCAAGCCUAAGACCUCUCAUACCACUAACAAGGUUCCUCUCAUCAUGGACAACGCGCCUCAGGGAUGGUCAUUGAAGAAGACUGACGGUGUUCUGGGAGAUGUUGCUCCUACUAUCUUAACUGCUAUGGGUCUUCCUAUUCCCGAGGACAUGACUGGAUCUAGUCUCUUGGUUGUUGAAUAGAUAGCAUGAUUUCCUAGGGGGUUAUUGUUGGGACACACGGUAAAUAGGUGGGGAGUUGUUAGAAUUAGAGACGGUUUGGAAGGCGUAGAGAUACCAGUAGUAUAAAAUAACAAUAAAUAUGGCUAUUAUAAUGGA